GUCAGAAAGCCGGAAGUGGCUUCAGUAGUGCUGGAGGACAGCCAUGGCCGGGCGGUGUGUGAGGGUCUUAUUGCGAAGGUCGUGCUCCGGCAGUGCGGCUCAGGUGACGGCGGAGGUGAAGCCGGGGUUUUGGGAGAGAAUGAAGGAGAGGAAGAUGGUUGUCUGGAUGAAGAGCCUCCUGCAUGAUUAUAAGGAAGCGGUGAAGGAUAUUGUGGUGGGAGCCAAGGAGCAUCCUGUGAAGGCCGGCCUGUAUCUCUCCCUGCUGGGAGGUGUGGGGGUUUGCUCGUCCAGGGCCCCAUCUGAGGACUCCUUCCGCUGUUCUGUCCUGGAAUCUUCGGCCUCUCUUCUCCUGCUUUCCCCUUGGACACGGAGCGGGACAUCUGACCGUCACGUGCAGCGACUCAUUGACCUGAGCAACCAGGGCCGUCUGCGGUACAUCAACCUCCUGGUCCUGUCAGUAGUGUAUGAGGCUCCAUAUGACCCGGACUGUGACCUGUACAACGCCCAGUGCCCGCACCUGCAGCCGCGCGUGGUGGACUUUCCUAGCCGGCUUCUGGACAUUGGCUUCUUAGGACAGUGGUGGCUUCUUAAGAAUAAGAUGGAAGACUUUGAUAUCAAUGAAGACGAGUUCAGCCAGCUUUCUCCGAGUAUGAGAAUCAUCUCCCGUAACGACCUGCACUCGGAGGAGAAUGAAAGACUCUAUGAGAGCAAGUUCCAAGCGGUCGUCUUGUCGGAGGAGCAGCUGGAAUAGGAGGGACUGCUGUAUACUUCUGUGUCGGUGCCAGUGUGACAUGACCUGUACAUGGAAGGCUCUGCUCACACUGGUGUCAUGCCACCAUGCUGGACACUGCAUGAUGGCUCCCCAGUGUCGGCAGACCCCUGCAGGUCCUUAUAAAGAGUCCUUACAAAAAGGAAACGUUUUGAAACGUUCUUAUAUACU